CCUCAACAAAUCCAUCCGCAAUAAACGCAAUCCAUCAGCAGCAGUCGCGGUAGCUGUCACAUCCGCCGUGGGCUCCGCGUUCCCAAACGCUAAAAGUGACGCGGACAUGUCUUUAACGAGCCUGUGACCGAUUUCACAGGGAGCCACCGGUCGUCUGAGCAGUCGACAUGGUGCAUUCGUGGGCAGCCGUCGCCUGCCUGUUGCUCGUUGGCGCUGCCGGCUGGCGCGCGCCUCCCGCUCAUAGACAGCAUUCGUUGCCGUGGGAGGAUUCCAACUGGCAGCUAGCCAAUCGGAGUCUGUUGGGCCAAGUGGCAGGUGUUGCCGUCGACAACCAGGGCCAAGUGUACAUUUUUCACCGUGGCCCGGUCGUCUGGGACCAGACCUCGUUCACGGCUGGGCACAUGUACCGACACCAAGAUGCUGUUAUCAAGGAGCCGACCAUCUGUGUGGUGGACCCGCGGUCAGGUGCCCUGCUUCAACACUGGGGACAGAAUAUGUUCUACAUGCCACACAGCAUUCACAUCGACCCAGACGACAACGUUUGGACAACAGAUGUGGCGUUACAUCAGGUUUUCAGGUUCGGGUCGUCAGGCCCUCCACUGGUGCUGGGCCGCGCCUUCGAACCAGGUGGCGGUAGAUACCAUUUCUGCAAGCCAACAGGUGUUGCCUUGGGUCCUUCAGGCCGCAUCUUUGUUAGUGACGGCUACUGCAACCACCGCAUUGCCGUAUUCACCCGGGAUGGUGCCCACCUCACUGACAUCGGGCUCCAGGAGCGUAUGCUGGUCCCACACGGCGUGACCUACGUGCCCACCAUGAAUGUGGUGUGUGUGGCGGACCGUGAGCGGCGCCGGGUGCUCUGCUACUGGGCAGGCGCGCGAGGUCCACGACCAGGUCGCGACCUGGGUGACUUUGUGCUUGCCUAUGGGGAGCCCCUGCAGCGUGUGUACGGCAUUGCUGCCAGAGGACACACCCUGUAUGGUGUGCAGUCCUUGGCCCCCAACCAGUCAUCAGCAUUCCGACUAGAGCUGGAGCCGGGUGCCAGCCCAGAGAGCUUCUCUCCAGGAUCGGUGCCAAUGGUGCAGCCGCAUGCCAUCGCCCUUGCUCCCGAUGGUCAGUCGCUCUAUGUGGCCGACCUGGACAGCCCAAGGAAGGUGUUCAAGUUUCAUGUCUGAGCUCCCGGUCCUCCUGUGCUCACAAUUGCUGUGCAGUGCACGCUGUUGCAGCAACAAGGGGUACCCAGUCCUCCCCAUCCUGACUGGACUAAGCAGGGCUGUAGCGUCACAAUGUGGCUGUGAGCCGACAGCUUUUUGACAGUGUCACACAUCUGUCAACAAUGAGCCAUUUAAGAGCAAGCAGCAGCGGUGAAGUACCACGUACAUAUUGCAAAAGGCUUCACUCGCACUAGCAGCUAGUCCUCUUUUCUUCCACUUUCAUUUGAUUCCUUUCCCUUUGUCAGGAAUACGAAGAUAGAGCAAAACUUCACCCUCCAUUAUAUUAUACUGAACAGCUCUUAUACAGUUGUAUUGUUCACAUGAACUGUGAUCACAUAUUUUCUUUUGUCAUUCCGAAGUACCGGUGCACACCCACUCUAUAUAUUUACAUACUACAGCCGAACCUCGAGAUAAGAAACAUGGAUGUAAUUGAAUUUUUAGAUGAUAUGAAGCAAGUAUAGAGUGAAUAUUGGUUAUAACGAAGAUAUUUUCAUGUUCCAUAAUACUUCCUUAUGAGAUAUGUAUGUACAUUCCUAGUCACUUGCCCUGGCAUUUUUUUUUUUUUUUUUCGUGGAAGACGAGCCAAGCCAGUUAUUGCUUGUCUGCGAAGCUUUGUAUCUUAUCGGGACAAAAGAGUCACAAGAACAUUAACCCCGUAUCCUAUAACGUUCCUUCACUGAGCACCCUGCCUCAACAGAAAUGGUCCCUGCACUUAUAUAACACUCCCCGGCAAUUCAAAAAUGUAGCGUCGUCUUCACUCAAGUGGCGGCACUUUGCUUAACUCAGCGGAGUGGAGGUAGAGUUUCAGAUCGACGGUCGUUUUAGAAUACGGGGGUUAUACUUUAGUAGGUGAGCAAAGGAAGUCACUGCCCACAACCAACGUUUCAAUAACAGAGGCAAUAUUCUUGAGUGAUUGCUCUCGGGGAUAUGAUCACUUUCACAACAUAUCGCGCGACUCGGCACCGGAUGCGUCGAAGUAUACGGCUGACAGCUUUCCCAGCACUGUGCAAAGUUAGCGAGCUUGGCAUAGUGCCAGGAAUGCCGUGGGCCAUACUAUGGACCAACAUGUUCGUGCCGACUCGUGCGAAAUCUCACGAAAGUGAUUGUACCCCCAAAAGUGAUUGCUAGAGAAUACUGCCCCUAGACUUGCCCCGAUAAAGACAGGUCUCCUUGUCGAAACGUUGGCUCUUCAGCGGAGGCUUCUCUUGAUCAUACACUGCUGAUCAACUUGCAUCUUUGUCUGUUUUGGCUGUUACGUUAACUCACUGCUUUUACAUCAUGCUCUUUUGUCAGUGUACCACUGCAUGUGAUCUCAUCAUUAUAGCCGGGUAGGCACUUGGCUGUGAAAUGUUUGUCGCUGUUGUAAGUUUUAAGCCUUGCAUGAGAGGAGUGUGCACUUGUGUUUCUUCAAAACUGUUUCACAAGCAGCAGACAACUCCAUUUUUGUUUGUGAUAACAGCGCUUAUGUAUCGUGGAGGCAGAAAUUUUUAGCGAGUUCUACACACUAUACAUCUUUGUGGCCUAGAUAAGGUUGUUCCACUAAAUGGCUUGAUGUCAUUAAUAAUAUUCAGCUUUGCUUUUAGAUAUGUACAAGAGCUAUGGAAACAAUACGGUAUUCACCGUAUUGUAGCAAUUUGUAUUGUCUCGUGUCAGCAUUGCAAACGGUGUGUUGCAACACGUUGAAGAGAGAUUAAAGAAAGAUAUGGUAAGUUGGCCACAAUUUGCAUGUUACACUUCCUUGUGUUAUGGAUAUGUUAGUCUUAUUCACAGAACCACAAAAACAAUCUUUAAAUUCCUGAACCAGCUCCCUGUGACAUAUGUAGUUUAGAAGAACUUGUUGUUGGGCGAGUUGGUAGAUAUUAGCAAACAUUGUUUAACUGCGCGAACAAACGAACCACAAAGGCAGCAUGGGACAUGGACGGGCGCAGGUUCUUUGUGUCUUUGUGGUUAAUUUGUUCGCGCAGUUAAACAAUGUCCCUUGUGACAUAGUUUGGAUUGCCUCAUUCAAAAGUGAACAAGGGCUAAACUUGGAAACAUCGGUGAACAAGCUUCCUGAACAAAGAGAGCUUAGAUAUGCAAAAAUAUAGUGCAAUGCACAACAUCUCACUGAUGCCAUUAACUCAGGGUAUCGCUGCAUAAUUGCAUCUUGUACGGCCAAAUAAGUCCAAGUAGUUUUCAAAUAAUCUACUAGUCUAAACCUAACCAGUGUUCUUUCUUCAAGCAUCCUUUUUAACGUAUUUGUAUCAUUCACCUUGGCUUUUUCGGCGUAUCCCAGGUAUUACACAAGCAGUGUCAAAGAAAGAAGUUUAGCUCCCUGUAGAGUCAUUUCAUUUAGCAACUAUCACUCACUCUGUUCACACAUAUCAGGUACUCCAGCACCAGCAGCGAUUACCUAAGAUACCCAUGCUGGGAGCAUGCUCUCAAGAGGGCAGCUGAAGUGACUCAGCUAAACUAACUUUUGCAAUGCCAACUUUUACAUUAGGGUAUGAAGUGCAACACACCUUGUAUGAACUGCUGUGAUGUCACAGAGCAAGUGCUAGUCUGAACAAACAAACAAACUACAUUUCGUGUUUAAUGUUUUGUGUAUCCGUGACGUUGUACAUUGACUCUACCAACCAAAUCGGUGAAAUUGUUCACAUUACUGUAGCUGCCUGUUCAUGUUUGGCUAUAAAAGCUUGUUUUCAAGGUGCUUGUACCAAUGGUGAAAGUGGGGGCCAUACGCUCAGUCAGCCACUUUCAGGGAUACAAUUACAUUUGCAAAAUUUUGCUUGACUUGGCAUUGGACACGUCGGCAUAGGUAGCCGCCAGCAUUGCUCGCAAGGUGCCAAGCACACCUUCUUGGCACAGUGUCAGAAACGCUGUUGCCCAUAGAUGCCGACAGGUCCAGUGCAGAGUUGCACGAAAUCUAAAAAAAUGUGAUCGUGUCUCCGAAAGUGAUCGACCAAGAAUGCUGACCGCGGUGCGAACGAGGCUUUGAAUCUGCAUGCUGUUUCUGCGGUGCAACAGAUGCCGGUGGAAGGUUGACAAUCUGCAUAGCUUCGAAGAUGUUGAUAGGCUUCCCGUUCACAUCGUUGUUGUCUUGACCAUGCUGUGAUUCUCGUGUUCAUGCAGCGAUCUCCGAGCUGUUGUACUUGCAGCCUUCUUUAAUCACAUGCUGCCUACCCAUUGUGGUGCAUGUAUACUCGUGUCACAAGAUUAAAAGUGUCACACCAAAGAAA